AAGGAGCAUCAGGUGGAGGAGGCAGGGACCUGGACGAUGUCUCAAUUUCUGCUAUGUCUGGGGCUGUUGCUCUGCAUCACGGGGCUCCGAGCUGGAGGUGAGGAAGAAGAGCAGUGCCUUCUGGAAGGCAAGAACCUGACCGUGACUUGUCCUUACAACAUUAUGAAAUACCCAUUCAACCUGAAGGCCUGGCAGCGGGUCAGAAGCACGGGCUCUCCGGAGACCCUGGUGCUCACAAACACCAGAAAUAGAGACUUCAAUCUGGCCCAGGCUGGGAGGUACUUCCUGGAGGAUUAUCCCACUGAAGCUGUUGUCAAGGUUACGAUGACUGGACUGCAGAAGCAGGACGUGGGGCUCUACCAGUGUGUGAUCUACCUCUCUCCUGACAAUGGUGUGGUCCUGCACAAUCGGAUUCGGCUGGUACAGUGCCAAGGCCAGUCGUUGAUGGUGAUCGUUCUGACAUGUGGCUUCAUCCUGAACAAGGGCCUGGUGUUCUCUGUCCUGUUUGUCCUUCUCUGCAAGGCUGGGCCUAAGGUAUCACAACCUCCCAAGGUGUCUGAAGUACAGAGAGCCUCUGAGAAACAGUAGCCUUCUUCCUACAAGCUUUGAGCAUGCCUUCCCUCAUCUAUUAGCAGCAUACCAUAUGUUGGGGGCAACUGGAGCCUCCCUACACUACCUUUGUAAGCUCUGCUCAGCCAGAGGACAGCCCUGAGGAGGUAGAAGAAGCUUCGUGAGACAUCAGUGGAGACUGUGAAACUGCAAGUGAUUUGGGCCUUUGGUGGAGCAUUCAAGUGGGACUUACCUGGAGUUCUCCUCAGAACCAUGUCUCCAUUCCCCUCCUGCUAGCCAGGCCAGAUUUUUGGCAAAGAGAAAGCCAGAUUAGUUUACAGUGUUAAGAAUAGAUUGAUAUUGCUCAGUUGUUGUGCCAUGAAGCUUAUUAAACAAUAUCACAGUCCAGUCUCAAUUAUUUAGGUGUUAGCCAAGUUAAGAGGGAAACUGCGACAUAAACAAUUUUAAAACAACCACUAACACUAUGUGGCUAAAACUGUCAAGCUUUGCGGCUCGAUGUGGCUGGAACACAGGCUCUCUCAUUCAAUUACAUCUGCAUCAAGUUUCCAUUGUUAAUGGUUUUCAUCAUUGACUAACCUUUUUAAAAAAUUCACAAGUUGGGAGCUUAGUUAGGUGGAGUCUCACCCUGAGGUCACCACUCCCUUUAUCUCACUUAGUGUCAGGCUUUUCUUUACAUCUUUGUUUGGUUUGGUUGUUUUCAAUGUAAGGUUUCUCUGUGUAGCUCUGGCUAUCCUAGAACUGGCUCUGUAGAUCAGAAUGGCCUCAAACUCAGAGGUCUGCCUGGCUCUGGUGCCCAAGUCCUGGGACUUAAGGAAUGACCCACCACACCUGGAUUUCUUUAAACUGUUUACCUUCUUAAGCACUGAACUUAGCUCAGUCAUACUUGUUGAUGCUCCUUUUU